AUGAAAGAAUGUAUUGGUGAAGAAGAUCAUUAUCGAAUAUUUCCACCAAGGCAAUAUUCAUUUGAUGAGCAAUGUGAUUUAAUCGAAAUGGAUGGUGAUGAAUUAGCAUAUUGCUUAUGCCGGAGAAAUUUUUGCAACAUGAAAAAUAUUAUCGAUCAAUUCAUUGAUUUUGAAGAAAAUCAUCCGGAAAUUUUUGUUACUACAAGUGUUGAUGCGAUUAUCAAUGAUAAGAAAGAUGAACGAUUUCCGAUAUCAUUACAUUCAUAUCCCGCACAAUUAAAUUAUCAAUCAAUUGGAAAUACUCAUCAAAAGGAAACAAAUAUCAAUUAUGGAACAUUGAAAUCUGUACGAUCUUAUGAAUCAUCCAAUGAUAAUAAUAUUGGAGAGAAUAAUUCGGAAUAUGUAAAUAGUCGUUCCACAUCACAUCAAAUACAUGGCAUCCCACGAUUAUCUCAUCAUAUAUCAAAUUUUCCUUCAAGGCAAAGUUAUGACUCGAUAAUGUUUGCUGGUAAUAUUGUACCGAAUAUUUCAGUGAGACGAAAUAAACAUAGUGAAAGAAUGAAUAAAACUACUGAAAAAUUUACAGCACCACAGCAAAUUACAACGUUUCUGGAAAGUGAACGACAAAAUAUU